CAUAAGUAGUGCUUAAUACAUUCUUUUUUUACUUUUGAUUACGAAGACAACAAAAUGGAUACUACACACAGCUGUCGUCGAGGCUACAUCUUGCUUCUGGUUCUAUCUUAUUCCUCUGCGUUUGGUUUAGCUUCCAAUAUGAGUAUUUCUAAUGAUACAAGCGGCAACAAAACCGACAGUUUCUUUGAAUCUCAAAGUACUUCCACUGAAUGGGGCACAGACAUGGGCAACAAAUAUAUUAUGUGUACAGAAUCUAAUAUGGACAUUCCAUGGAUGAUUUCUUGCAAUAAAUCUAAAGAAGUUUUUACAAGGAUCAAUUUUGCUGAUUAUGGAAAUCCUUCGGGUAAGUGUGAACAUUAUAGACACGGAAAUUGCGGUGCAAAAACUACUAUGGAAGUCGCCAAAAAGAAUUGUCUUGGAAAACACCAGUGUGUGUUUAAGGUGUCGGACGAGAUGUUUGGUACAAGUCACUGCAAAAAAGAGGCUAAGUUCUUUGUUCAAGUCACUUGUACAAAAGCUUAAGUUUCUUAGUUGCUCCUUAAUUAAUAAGGUCUUUAAGAAAAUGGUUGCAUGGUUUAUUUUCUUGUAAUGAUCAAGCUCUUGUUGAUUAUUAAAGGAAUGUCCGACAUAAGUUAUCUAUUCUAUUUGUUAUUUUGCAACACCUAUUGACGUCGAUGCACCCAGCGUAAACGAGCAUGAUUAACCCAAGAAACCUUAUUAGGGUUUCUUGAUGUUUAUUUAAGUAAAUAAAUGUACUUGAGAACUCUAGUUAAGAAACUAUUAGAUUUUUUGCUCUAAUGGUAGUUUCUUAAUAAAGGGUUCUUAAAAAAAAGUAUUAAACAUUGUUUUAUUAAAGAUAAAAUUUAUUUAUUAAAUAAAACAUAUUAAAAGAUAACAUUUUCAAAAUAGAUUUUAAAAUAAAAAAAUUAAAACAAAGAUUAAUAAAAUAAACGAGAAUAAUUUGAAAGAAGCAUCCGAGCUCAGUUGUUGUCUUCAUCACGUCCAAAUUUACGCCAUAUAUGUUCAACCAAAUAAGCUUUCAGUUGUUGAUGCAUUUGUCUAUCACAAAUUCUAAUUCGAACACCCAUCAUAUUGACGAUGUUUGUAGAGAUAUUUGUAGAAUAAGUGAGAUCCACAUCUGAACUUCCGUUGUCUUCUCCUUGUUGGAACUCGGAAACAUCAAAUUGAGUGUAUCCAACUCGUUCGUCUUCUACUAUCAUAUUAUGGAGUAUGAUACAUGCUCUAAUAAUCUUCUCAAUUUUGACUUUAUCUUGUUUGGGACAGGUUCUUCUUCUUCUUCUUAUAUUCAUCUUCUUGUUUAAUGUUCGUUUGUUUUGGCUUAUUAAAUUUUUGGUUUUAGGCAAAAGGAAGAACCGAAAACGCGAGGUGAAAACUGAUGAACUAGUCCACACUCUGAAGAAACUGUCCCAAACAAAACGAACAGGGAUAAGGAGGCUAGAAGGAAAAGACAAAAAGAAAGGAGCAAAGAUCGUUGAAGAAGCAAAGAAACAACAAGUGACUCUUUUAGUAGUUGGACAAGAGAAGAAACCUCCUGUAUGGAGGCUACUGAAGAGAUGGGCUUGGAAGAGACGCCGUGGACAUGCCGGUGUUCUCAAAUACUGUCUCGAAAACGCUUCUUGCAUGACCAUAGCUGUUAAACCAAAGAAGCGCAAGCAUGGUGGUUACUUAAUCACCACCAAACGCCACAAAAACUUCUGGCUUCUCGCUUAAGAACACCAACCUGCAAGCUUUUCAUCCUUUAUUUUGUGUUUGUAUCAUCAAAAUCUUUGAAAUAAAUUCUCAUUCUUCAAUGGAUUAUUAAAAUAACAAAUGUAUCUGCACAAGAAUUACCAACAAUUUUUCCCUAUCCUCAAUUGUUUAAAAAUGAUUCUGUUAAUAAACACAACACAUUGGAAUGCAAGUGAGACUACUGAAGCCAAUGCUUAUAAGAAAUACGGUGAAGCUGAUCAUACCCCGCAAGCACUCUUGCUCCUGCUACACCAAGAAGCAUGUUGGCAGUAACUCCUCUAUACAGCGCAAAGAGCCCUUCAUACUUCAUUAUCUCUCUCAAUGCGUGAAUGGCAUUCCUGUAUUUAACAGGCUGUCCUGAUGUAAGCAUCAUUCUCCUCCUAAUUGUGUCAAAAGGGUAAGCAAUGACGCCUGCAGAGGUAGUAAUGCUCCAACCUAACAAAAAGCUAGCCAAGAAGUUUUCCUGUCACAAACUCAAAGCAACCAUUUAUAACCACUGUUUACUCUUACUCUUAGAUUAAGCAAUGAUAACAUACCUCUAAGGAACCAACUAAAACAAUGGGUUUGAUAGUAUCAUACAUUCCAAAAUACAUCCCCCGGUAAAGAGUGAUCCCUAGUAUCGACACGCCAAAGCAAAGGCCUUUAACACCGUCACUUGAGAGAGUUUUGCGGUACACAUCGAGCAUCCCUUUAAACUGUCUCCUGCCGCUAACUGAACAUUCUUUCGCAUCAGUGCCUAAACGAGUCCUUGCGUAAUCAAGAUGAUACAAAAACAACGACGUUGUAGCUCCAGCAGCGCUUCCAGAGGCUACGUUUCCAGCGAACCACUUCAAGUAGCCGUCCUUCUCUUUAGAACAUCUGAGACGGGUCUUGAAGUAACCUUUAAAGGAAAAGUUGGAAGUCUAAGAGGAAUUUAAAAGAGUCUCUUAACACACAAAACAAUACUCAAAAGUGUCUAAAGAUUAAGCUCUCUCUUUUAAUCAAACCUGUGUAGGGUCUUGUGAGAUGUCCUCUCCAGAAGGAUAAAACACCUUCUUCUCUGACGAUUCUGACGAAGCAGUUACCUAGACCGGUGUAGGAUCUUGUGAGAUGUCCUGUUUUGAUCAUUUCGCCUUGGUUUUGGAGUAAAAUCUUCACCCUUUCGAUUGGAGCAGCUGCGGAUUUGGCGACAAUGGCUGCAGAACCUCCCAUCAUGAAAUCCGUAGAGAAGAUUCUGAAGAAGACGAGAAGACGAACAAUAACCGAGAAAAAGAAAAGAGAGAGAAAAAAAAAAAAAAAAAAAAAUAAAAUUGAUGGUUAAAUGACACGUGUGAUCUUUCAAAGCUUAAUGAUCGGUCACCAAAAACCCAUAUUAAGGAUCGGUUAUUGCAGUUUCAUUUAAUUUUGAUUUAAUUAAAUGAUGUCAUUUGUUUAAAAACCCUCUUAAGAAACUGCAAUAAUCAUGCUCUCAUGCUCUUAACCACUUGAGUUUUUUAAGAUUUUAGAAUUGUAUCUUUUGACUGAAGGAGAAUAAGUGAAAGAAAGAAGAAGUCAAAGGCUGUGUCACAUCAUAAAUAGAGUAACUAGCGCUAAUAAUUAACGCAUAAUAACCAGAGUAACUAGACAUCAAGACGACUUUUACUCUAUAAGAACACUGUUGAAAAGUAAAUUUGAUUUGGAUAACAUUAUUGGGUUAACAAUUCAGUAAUCAUGUGUUGGUCCAAACUUAAAAUCAUGUGUUGGUCCAAACUUAAGCCAAUUUCUAAAGAAAUCUUCUAUUUCCUUUUUUUUUUUUUUUUUUUUUUUCUGUGCACCAGAAAUCUUAUAUUUCUUUAAGGUAAAAAAUCUAUAUAUUUUAUAGAAUUGUCUAGCUAAUUAUGAUUAAAAUAUUUGAGAAAUUUUUUUAUAUUCUGGAGUCUAUAAAUACUUUCACCUUUUUUUUUUCAUUUUGUAUCAUUGAAUUUGUAAGAAUUAUCCAAGUAAUAAAAAAUAAUGUGCAUUCGGAUUCUUAACUAAUCUUUGA